GAGAGAGAGAAAUGGGAAGGAAGGCAUUGUUGAUUGGUUGCAAUUACCCUGGAACCACGGUGGAGCUCAACGGAUGUGUCAAUGAUGUCUACCAGAUGAAGAAAUGCCUUCUAGACCGCUAUGGCUUCUCCGAUGAUAAUAUCACUGUUCUCAUCGACACUGAUGAUUCCUGCACUCAACCAACCGGAAAAAACAUAUAUGAUGCCCUCACUCGCCUUGUUCAAUCAGCUGAACCUGGUGAUAUUCUCUUCAUCCACUACAGUGGUCAUGGCUCUCGAUUUCCGCUUGAAAUUGGUGAAGACGACGAAACUGGCUAUGACGAGUGCUUGGUGCCAUGCGACAUGAACUUCAUCUUUGAUGACGAUUUAAGGGAUAUUGUAGACCAAGUUCCAGAAGGUUGCAGCAUCACAAUUGUAUCGGAUUCGUGUCACAGCGGUGGUCUAAUUGGCGGAGCUAAAGAACAGAUAGGAGAGAGCACCGAGCAGCAUGAGGAAGAGAAAGAUCAGAACGAGAUUGGAUAUUUCAGGCAUGGCCAUAUGAAGAGUAGAGCUUUGCCACUCCCCACUCUCAUAGACAUACUGAAUGAAAAAACUGGAAAACCCGACAUUGAUGUUGGGAAUCUGAGGUCAACCCUGUUCGAAGUCUUUGGAGACGAAGUAAGUCCCAAGGUGAAGAAGUUCAUGAAGGAGUACAACAUGAGGAAAGAAAACAAACCCCUGAAUUGCAUCAAUGGUGCAGCAGGAGCGUACCUGGGGAUGGUGGGAAGUAAAGCUCGAGAGCUUACGAAACUGAGACGGAAGCUGGAGAUUAAAGCUGAUCUUUAUAAUGCAAAACACGCAUUAGCAACACAGGUAGUGGAAGGGGGAGUGGAUGGCACUGGCAAGCAACGACAUGAACUACUACCCAAAGGUGGGCUUCUGUUCAGUGGCUGCCAGACAUUCCAAAUUUCUGGCGAUGUGGUUCUUUCUGGAAAAGAUGAUGUUCCUUGCGGAGCUUUUAGCCAUGCAAUCCAGACCAUAAUUGCUGAAUCAGGUGGCCAAAUUACCAACCGGGAACUUGUUUUGAAGGCUACGAAAUUUCUCAAGAGCAAAGGUUUAGAUCAGCAACCUGGUCUCUACUGCAAUGAUGAUCAUGCUUGUGAGCCAUUACGGACACAAAUAAAUGGAGCUCCUUUCGAAGAUGCUCGUCACUUGGCUCACCGUUAUGAUAAACUCCGUCAGGAGGUGGAGGCUCAGGUAACUGAAAUUUUGAGGCAUCGAUCAAAAUCUAGGGAUCUUUCUAUGUCUGGAGAGAGUGCUGUGAAGCUUCAAAGUGCUGAAGCAAGAUUGGCUGAUCUUAAAUCUUCUACUGUGGCACUUGGCAGAGAAGUGACUGCUGCUAUGUUGUCAGUUUAG